AUGAAGAAUGUUCAAAAUGGAGUGCUCAAAAUCAUCUGUGUCGACGCCGAGUUGUCACUUGCGCUGGAGAUCGCUGCCAAGCUGAAGGCCGACAAGGGCAUUACUGCUCGUAUGGUCAGUUUCCCCUCCCAGCGUCUGUUCGAGAAGCGGUCGCUCGAGUACAAGCGCGACACUCUGUGUCGUCACCGUGGCAUUCCUGCUGUUGUUAUUGAGCCCUUCAGUCCGAAUGGCUGGGAGCGCUAUGCUGAAGCUGGUUUCUGUAUGACACAAUUCGGUCACAGUUUGCCUGGCAAGGCUGCAUACAAGCAUUUCGGUUACGAGGCGGAGCCCUUGGCGACUAAGGUAGCAGGCUACCUAGAUCAACUCAAGGCUGACGAGCAUCUUCGUAGUGAGUUUGUUGAGCUGUGA